CUCCGCUGUGUUCUGUCGGAGCGUAAAGCGGGUUUCUUCUGCUCUGCGUUUAUAAAUCGUUGGGUGAUCAUCUGUCUGGGAUAAUCCCGUCAAAUGAAAGAAAGUGAUUGUUUUAGUGGGGGGAUUAACCAUCCGAAAGCGAUCGGCUCUGUCUGUGUGAAAUAGGGAAUGAACGACGAGACAGCAUCGGACAGCUGGAAGAGAAACUCCGGGUGCUCCAGUAUUGAGCAAAUGCUGGCUGUGAAUCCCGGAAAGACGCCCAUCAGUCUGCUGCAGGAGUAUGGAACGCGGAUAGGCAAGACCCCAGUGUAUGACCUGCUGAAGGCCGAGGGACAGGCCCACCAGCCCAACUUCACUUUCCGCGUCUCCGUCGGAGAGAUCAGCUGCACCGGCCAAGGGCCCAGCAAGAAGGCAGCCAAGCACAAAGCAGCCGAGGCUGCUCUGAAGAUGCUCAAAGGAGGCCUCGGAGGUCCUGCCGGAGUUGGUGUUGGAGUUGACGGGUUUAUUGGGGUUGACGUGUCUACAGAUGGUGAUGGCUCGCAGUCAGAGAUGAAGUCCUCGGGUAGUUCUCAGCAGUCUGAAUGUAACCCUGUAGGAGCUCUGCAGGAACUGGUGGUGCAGAAAGGAUGGCGUUUACCAGAGUACACCGUCACCCAGGAGUCUGGCCCCGCACAUCGCAAAGAGUUUACCAUGACCUGCAGAGUUGAGAGAUUUGUGGAAAUUGGAAGUGGAACCUCCAAGAAGUUAGCCAAAAGAAAUGCAGCAGCAAAGAUGUUAUCACGAAUACAUGAUGUCCCGGUAGACCUGAGGACGAGCAAUGAUGCCGACACAGAAGAAGACACAUUCAACAUGCACAUGGGGAACAGAGCAGAGUCGGGGAAGAAUAAAGGCUUCAGCUGCACAUGGGACUCUCUGCGUAACUCUGCUGGAGAGAAGAUCCUGCAGCUCCGCAGUCAUCCUCUGGGCAUGCCCUCUGACUCCAACUUCUGCUCUCUGCUGAGCGACCUCUCCGCUGAGCAGCGCUUCGACGUCAGUUACCUGGAUCUAGAGGAGCGCAGUCUGAGCGGCCUGUGUCAGUGUCUGGUCGAGCUUUCCACGCAGCCAAUCACAGUGUGCCACGGCUUUGCUCCGAGCAUUGAUGCUGCUCGAGCCAACGCGGCCCACAAUGCACUACAGUACCUCAAAAUCAUGGCUGGAGGGAAGUGAUGUCACCUCUAAGACCCAAACUCACCACAUCAGAGUGCCAGGAUAACUUCUAUUCAGGACGGCAGAGGCACUUUAGCAAUGAAUUCAAAUAACAGGAAUUACCUCAAAUUUGGAAAUCGAGACUAUUUUUGUGACCCUGACGACCCUCCUGGAGCAAUUUUUUGGAUCUCCUAUUAUUGCCAAUGAAGAUUUAGUUGCCCAACCCCUCUCCUUGACAUUUUGCAUCAUCACCAAACAUUUAAAUUCAUCUUCAGUCUUCGUCGGCCCAACAUCAGAUUUAAAGUCUGAAGUUUUACCUUAACUUAGAAUUGUUGUUCAUACAGAAGACCUCCAAAGAAUUGCAGACAAAUUCUGAUCCUACAAAAAAGUUCAAAAGUUUAAACAAAUUGUAGAAAUUGGACUACAGAAUUUGCUACUUAUUGGUGCUUUAAUGAAUUCUUCUUCAAAUGGAUGAAAAAGAGACCAAAUUUCACGCCAUGCACCGGAUCGUGGAGAGAAAAAGACUCUGCUGCUUCCAUACCAAGGAUUAUUAUUUUAAAGACUGCCCUGUUUUCAGAUGAGCUCCGAUGAGAAUUGAUGAGAAUUUUUUUUUCUUUUUUUGAACCCUAAAAACUGUUUCCCGAUGCUCUUUGUGUUGGGCUUUAAGAUUUUAAUUUUUGGACCUUUUUUCCCCUCUUUUACUUAUUUGUAGAUACUUAAAAGUCAAUGUUUUUUUGGCAUUUUGAAUUGAAAUAUACUUAAAAAAUCUCAGUGAAGACCCCUGCUAAGCUUUUUGCUAGUCUUAAAGUUAGGAAGGACUCAUGGAGCGACAGUGAUGGUUGAAAAUAAUGUGAAUUGUUUGUUAUUUCUGCCCCUUUCAUGAAUUUCCUUUGUAAAUUUGGCUUUUAUUAUUGUUUUGGGCAUUUAGACAGUCAUCGGGAUCAUCAGACGUUCCACGUUUACAAACACAAAAAAAAGAAAAUCACCAUACUUGGAGUUUUUCUUUUGAUUGUUUGAAGAGUUAAGCUUCCUUUGAUUUGUGCGGUUUCUGUCCCCCCUCUGCUGACAAAGCUGUAAGUCUGAUCUCUGCUGAUUUUGUCUCAUACCAGUGUAAGGAGCGCUUUUCAACAACCGAGCAAAUCCUCUCCAUGCUGUGAAAUUUUUCACUUGUAGUGAAUCCUUCCCACAAGUACAAAAAAAUGGAACGAUCCCUUUGUCUAACAUCAAAAGCAGAGUUAUAGAAGUGGUCUCUCUUGUCAAUUGUGGUUUCAUUUGUUUUUGUAGGUCAUACUGAAACAUCAUAAUUAACAAAAGUAUGUUUUUAACCUACUAAAACUCCUCACAUGACCUCUGAGCAUUACCUACAUUAGUAUAAAGACAUUUAAUAUAUAAUUUUUGGUCCAAAUUCCUCCUAAAAAUGCAAAACACACAGUUAAGUAUAAAGAUUGCAGUCCGAUAAUUUACAUUUGUCUUGCAUCGCUUCACUAUUGGCUCAAAUCCCUUCAACAUACAGCAACAAUGCAUUUACAAGAGCCUGUUGAAAUCCCAAAACUGCCUUAAUUAACCCUUGACUUUUGCUAUCAUAGACCAGAACUACCACGUCUUCUUAUGUGGAGUCUCAAAAUUUAAUUUUUAACGCUUGUUAUGUCCAGCAUUGUUUCUUAUAAUCUCACCCUCUUUGAUUUCUACUUCAUCACAAUUUCCUAAUAUGAAAAAAAAUGAUGGUAGUGAUUCUCUAGAUCAGUGGUUCUUACCUCAUUGAAGCUCAAAACCAACCACAACCUCCUUAAUGAGAAAUCACAACCCUUAUUUCCAAAAAUGUUCAGCCACUUAGAUUUAUUGAAUAAAAAAUGAUGAAGUUUGGAUCUCAGAUCACUGAAUGAAGAGAAAGAACAAACAUAAUUACAGAGGCCCUGAGAGAACAUGCAUGCAUACAUUUUAUUUAUUUUAAUCUGUUGCCAAUCACGUAAUUGUUUUAUUUUUUUCGGGGGGGGGGGGGGGGGGGUUAACCUUAUUUUGAUAGGACAGACAGGAAAUAUGGGGGAACUAGAGUUGGGGAAGAGUUCGGGAGCAUGCACCAGACAUCGCCAGGAUUAAGAUUCGAUGCCGUUUCCAGAGUCAAAGACACUGAUGAAUGAGUUUUUGUUGUUUUCUAGAGAUCUUGUGAAAUUAACUCAUCAUCAUGAGAAACAACGUUUUGCAAUCCAAAGAUAGCGAGAUAAGUCAAUACUUUGAGAAAACAAACAAAAUUCACAACAGAAUGGAAUCAUGUCUGCUUUGGGCUUCCAUACACCAGGCACACAUUUGUGACCUUCUUUUGGGUCCUGACUAGGGCUGCACGGUUUAGGAAAAUAUAAAUGCCACCCCCCCCCCCCCCCCCCCAACACACAGGCAAUCAAUAAAUCAUUCUAUAUUAUAAUGAACACAAUAUUUGGAAGAUUACACUACUGCUUUACAAUUUAAAAAAAGGACUAAUGUUGAUUAUUUUUGACUCAUUGCAAAUUCAAUAUGGAUUGCUGUAUUGAAAGGAAUAAUAAUUUGAUGUCUCUCAUUUUUGAUAAGACAUACAUAAAAAUUUGCAUGCUGUAAAGACCAUCACAUUUCUGCCUCAAAAAAUAUAACAGGUAAUUUGACACAUAUUUCAGGUCGAAGAGUAUUUCACCCUAUGUGAUUGAAAAUAUUUUCAAUUAAUUUCUCAGCCCUAGUCCUGACCCACCAGCAGGGAAUAGAUUUUAUUCUUUUACAACACUGUAAACUCUUAUAAGUCAAGUGCACUUGGUAAAUCUUAGAAGCUGGUUGCCUUGCUUGCCAUUCACUUAUUUCACUUAAAAAUUUCCUUUAAUGUAACAUUUUAGCAUUCGUGUCAUACUUUUUCAAGGCAACCAGUUUAAAAGCGUUUUAAGUAAACUUAAUUUAUCCAGUGCACUUCUUAUCUAGUAAAAAAAAUCAUUACUGCCUUCCUUACUGCUUCAAAGGACCUCAUCUGAAAUAAGUCUUUACAAUAGUCCAUCAGUUUGCACUGUUGUCAUUCGCACACUGCCAGCUGACUGUGUUUCAGUACGUCUGGUUUUUCCUGGUUCAGUGUUUCAUAUCAGCUCAUUAUGACCGAUCUCAGUUGGCUCUUCCAAUUAUGAAAAAAUGAACUGAACUCUGAGAUCUGAGUGAAUUUUAGGUGCUAUCUUGAAUAAAUUUUUAGAAAGACUUUUUUUGGUGGUGGAAAAUGUCUCCCAGUGUUUUAGAAAAACUAAGUAAAAUGUGAAACUAAAUUUUUAAAACUUUUGUGUUUUUUGUUGCCAGCUUUUGUUGAAAUAACUUGAAUGUGCUUGAAUCCCAUUUUAAUGAAAAAGCAAAUAAAAUAACAUCC